AAGACAUUACUCUGCUUAAAAACAGCAUAGAUAAGUUAUAAACUACCAUAACCCAAAAAGGAAAGGAAAAGGAAAUGUCUUCUUCUACCAUUAAUUUCAUUCUAAUCUUCGCAUUAACCUCAUUUUGUAUUCUCUCAACAGCUUCUGCCCAUUUCCAUCCUUGUACUGAAACUUUUCUUUCCCUAACCAAAAUACACAACCUAUCAAAAUGCAGAGAAUUGACAACCCUUGGAGCUGAAUUUGGCUGGAAAAUCAAUCAAAACAAUAAGAAUUGGAUCAAUAUUCUUUUUGGAACUAGAUUAUAUGAGGAUUUCGGAUGGAUAGCUUGGGGAGUUAAUCCAGGCAAGAUGGCACAAAUGGUGGGAACAAGGGCAAUAGUAGCUGUGAUAAACACCAAUGGGUCAAUCUCCGCUAAAACUUACAAUAUCACAAGCGACACUAAGCUUGGUUGCAAGCUAGAGCCUACAAAAUUUGAGGAAGCUCAAAAUGAAGUGCUUUUCCAGAAUAUUUCAGUGUAUUAUGAACAAUCUUUAGACAUAUACAUAAUGAAAGCUAUAGUUGUUCUUCCGUCAGGCGACGCCGGGUACAGCAUUUCACGGUUGAACCAUGUUUGGCAAGUUGGAUUUGAUAUUGAAGGAGAUAAUCCUAAGAAGCAUCCGACGAUCCUCCAAAAUGUUGACAGUACUGAAACUAUAAACUUAGAGACCGGUUUCGGCCACCAUGUUGGAAGAGGGCGACACCACCUGCGAAUGGUGCAUGGCAUUUUGAAUAUUUUGGGAUGGGGAACCUUCUUACCUGCUGGUGUGAUUAUCGCAAGAUAUUUCAAAUACCCAUUGGAACGUUUUCAGAAUUGGCAAUUUUGUCUUCACGUUUCCUGUCAAGUUACUGGAUAUAUUCUUGGAACUUCUGGUUGGGUGGUUGGCUUGUGUCUUGGAAAUCUUUCUAAAUUCUACGAGUUUAAGAUCCAUCGCAUUUACGCCAUGUUGAUUUUCGCAUUUACAACCUUACAAAUGUUGGCGAUUCGAUUAAGACCAAAGAGGAUCGAUGAGUACAGAAAAUAUUGGAAUAUGUAUCAUCAUUUGUUAGGGUAUGGAUUGCUUGCUGUGAUUUCAAUAAACAUAUUUCAUGGAAUUGAUAUUUUGAAGCCUAAAGACAAUGCUUGGAAGUGGGGUUACAUUGGAAUUCUUAUAGCUUUUGCUAUCAUUGUCGCAAUUCUUGAGAUCUACAGUUGGACUAAAUUUAAACGCAGUAGUAAACAAAGUAACGUUCAGAUACCAGCUGCUAAUGCUCCUGUUACUGGUCCACCGAUACCACAGCCACGUCCAUGAUUGGAGAAAUAAUUAACUGAAAAUUAGUAUGUAGAGUAUAAUUAUUGAUAUAUCUGUUUUUGUGUUAUAGAUAUUUGUUGGAUUGUUUGCUUCUUUUUUCAUUUUGGAUUUGGUUUGGAACACUUCCCCUCUUUUUGUGGAAUCAACAUAGAUGAACAACAUUUUCAGAAA